AGCUACAAAUAGUCCACAAUGGCACCUGAGCAGGAGCCUAGACGUCUGAUCAUCGUCUCCAACCGUCUUCCACUGUCAGUGAAGCGGAGUGACGGCGGUUAUAAGUCCUCUCUGUCAAGUGGCGGUCUUGUUACAUCGCUGUCCGGUCUGACCAAAUCGACACAAUUCAUCUGGUUUGGAUGGCCUGGGAUUGAGGUGAAUGAUCCUACUGAACGCGAGAAGGUCUCGAAGAGUUUGGCUGAGCAUCAUGCCGUGGGGAUCUUUUUGGAUAAUGCGCUGGCGAACGCGCACUAUAAUAACUUUUCUAAUUCCAUCCUCUGGCCAAUCCUCCAUUACCAAUCCGGCAUGACCUUUGACGAUGGGCCAUGGCAAGCAUACCAAAAAGUCAAUGAACUCUUCGCCGAUGCCGUCGCUAAAGAAGCGAGAAAGGGAGAUCUAAUCUGGGUCCACGACUAUCACCUCAUGCUACUACCUAAGCUCCUGCGCGAGCGGUUAGUAAAACAGGGCAAUAAUUGCGCGAUUGGGUUCUCACUUCAUACACCAUUCCCUGCGAGUGAUUUCUGGAGAGCACUUCCGGUGCGGAAUGCCAUGAUCGAAGGACUCUUGUCGAGUGAUUUGAUCGGGUUUCAUACGGAUGAAUAUAAGCAGAACUUUAUUGGGACUUGUGUGAACUUGAUGGGUGCGCAUACCGGGGUGCCGAAUAGGAUUCAGUACAAGGACCGUUUGGUCGAGGCGGGUACAUUCGUUGUCGGAAUUGAUCCGCAAAAGUUCGAUGACACUUUGAGCAAACCUGAGGUGCAAAACCGGAUUAAGGAACUGGAGGAAAGAUACAAGGACGUCCAUGUCAUUAUUGGUGUUGAUCGAUUAGACUAUAUCAAGGGAUUGACGCACAAACUAAAAGGUUAUGAUCGAUUCCUUGACGACCAUCCCGAAUUGAAGAACAAGGUUCUGUUGAUCCAAGUGGCGGUUCCAAGUCGUGAGGAUGUCAAGGAGUACCAAGAUCUGGAGACGGAGAUUAGUACGCUUUCUGGGAAGAUUAACGGGAAGCACGCAACGCCCGAUGGCUCCCCCCUCUUAUACAUGCACCGCUCCAUUCCAUUCGAAGAACUAACAGCCAUGUACUCCAUCGCCGAUGCAUGCCUGCUCACAUCCUCCCGAGAUGGUAUGAACCUUGUCUCCUUCGAAUAUGUCGCGUGCCAGGCAAAGCGCCACGGAGUACUUGUGCUUUCUGAGUUCGCCGGAGCAUCCGUCUUCAUGAAGGGCGGAAGUGUCAACUUUCAUCCGGCAAAUACAGCCGAACUCGCGCAGUCAAUCCACAAGGCUGUGAAAAUGGAUGGGAAGGAGCGCAAGGAGAGAUAUGAGAAAUUGAAUGAAUUUAUCAAUACUAACACGAGUGCUGAAUGGGGAAAGAAGUUUAUUGAGAGCUUGUCGAGGAGACUAUGAUUGUCCAUUGGAAAUUAGAUUGGCGUUUGUACAUAGAAUCGCCAAGGCAUAGGUGCUUGAUAGAUUUUCAUUGUAUAACACUUUGGCC